ACCUCCACCCUGCUAAUACCUGUUUGCUAAGCGAUAUAAGUAUUCUGCCACUGUUACCCUAAAGGCGGCUUUACACCUGGCAAUUCCUGGCCGGCAAUACAGCCGCGACGAUCUAGCGGUUAGACCAGCUGGGUGCUCUCGGGAGAAAGUACCUUCACAUGUGGGAGGAGCCGUGGGAGCAUCAAGACGUAAGCUGCUAGUAAAUGCACCAUGAAUUCAUCCCAGACACCCCAAAAGGCUACUACCAUAUCUUUAAACCACAAUGAGUUUGGUCCAUUAGCCUGAUAUUGUAGAAAUACUUUAUAUAAACGAGUUUUAUCAUUAGUAGUAUUGAUUGAUUGAGUGUUUAUUGUUGCAUUUAACAACAAAGGAGGAGGGAGGAACAUGCCAUUCCAACCCCCAGGCAUUACAUAGUGUGAUUAUAUAAUACACGAACAUAAUCGUUCCUUUCCUCCUUCGAUAUCUCGCAAAGAGAUAAACAUUUCCCGAAUAUUGCUGCCACUCUCUCAAAAGUUGUUGUGCGCAGACUCUGCCUCUUGUAGAGCUUAUCUUGUGGGUCCCACAAGUGUCGAUGCUGCCUCACUUCCUCUAGCAAUGCCACCUCGGCCUCCCGGCUCCAAAUCUUGUUAUCUGCAUCUGUCAUUUCUUGUUUUACUGGCGCCGACAUGUUAUUUACCCAGCCGUUAGUCGGCAAUACAAGACGGACACGCUCAGCUGCAGAGAACUUGCCGCGAGAAGGGCUCCCAGACCCAGACCAAAAAUGCUGCCGGCAGCACGUCACGGCUGUAUUGUUGCCAGGUGUAAAGCCGCCUUUAACAGUGCUGUUAAGGUCUUCACAAGCUUUGUGAAUAUCUGUUAGCGCUUAACAGAAAAAUGUUAAGACUAACAGGAAUAUGUUAAUCUUAACAGCUGUUUGGUAGUGGUAACAAGUUUUAUGUAUAUAGGCCCGGGCUGGCUGGGGAGAAAUCUCAGGCCAUUGUGACAUCAAGAUCAAGCUCAAUACAGGAUCACAACAGGAAGUGGCGCCUUGCAGGCAAGACUUCCGACAUCCAACUCAACUGAGCUGAGCGGCGGUCGCGGGACCCUGAAUUACCUGCCGCACGCCACACCGGGGACACACAGGCAGGGUGAGUGCAGGGCAGGGCGCGGCAAACAAACCCAGACCAUCUAUCAUAAAGUUGAGAGAAGGCAGAGUAAAAUGGGAGAUAAUAAAAAAUGCAAAGAGACUGAGAGAAGACUCUAACCAAGAAAAUAGGAAAGUUGGUAUAGCCCCGGACAUGACAAGAAAGGAGAGAGAAGAAAAUAGGAAACUGAGAGAGGAACUACAGCGUAAAAGAGAAGGAGGCCAAUGGAUGAUAAAGAAAGUCUGUCACACCAUCACAACCCCUCACCACCACCACCACCAUCACCACAAGCAGCGUCAUGGAGGCUGCAGGGAAUAGUGGCAGAAUGGCAGGACAGAGAAAGGUGAAGAACGGGAACACUGUCGGCAGCCCUGCGGAGUGUCCAGUGUGCCUGACAGGCUAUGAUGACACAGUGCAGCGGCCAUGCAACCUGCCCUGUGGCCACACUGUCUGCACGCUUUGCAUAGAUCAGCUGAAGAGGCAGGGCUGUGUUGCCUGCCCAGAGUGCCGCGUCAGCCACGCCGUGCCCGAGGGAGGGCAGUUCCCUGUCAGCUAUACUGUUGAGGCCCUAAUAAGAAUGAUGAGAGACGCUGAGGUGGCAGCAGCAGCAGCAGCCUCGCCGCCACCUAGUGCCUGGGAGGGGGAAGGAGCAGCAGCAGCUGACAAGAAGAAAGUGGCGGGUCUCUCUCAGAAAAUGCGUUCCUUCCUGCAGGAACAGGAGGCCAUAGUUGUGGCCGCCGUCACUGCCUGCCGGAAGGCUCAGUCGCAGCUGGACCAGUACCAGACGACCCUGGCAGACUGGGGCGAGCAGCAGCAGCAGCUGGAGGACAAGCUCCGGGGACUGGUGGACCAGAGCAUGAGUGUCAGGGAGCUCCUGCAGCAGGAAGACUCCCGUGCGGCGGCCAAGAAGGAGGAGUUGAAGAAGGGGGAGCAUGGGCUGCAGGCUGUGCUGGAGACGUUGCACACCAUUACAACAGAGCAAGAAGUAGGCGCAGUGGUGAGUGAAGUGUUUCGUUGCACUGGCGAGGCAGAGCAAGCGGUGGAGGAGUGCCGAGAAUGUUUUCCUGAUGCCAGCACCGUCACCACCAUCAGGAAGGUGAGAGAGGCAUCUAGUUCAGUUCUUGAGGCUGCCCAAGUUGUCCACUCGGCUCUGGAAACGAUUUAUACCAUUAUUACAGAGGAUCCAAGCCUCCAGUCAGACCCAGACUUCACCGUCAUAGACAGACUGCACCUCAUCUCGGCGGCAAACUUAAAGGCUGAGGACCUCCGCAACCUGACACAGCCAGCCAAGCACUUGCUGGAGGCUGGCCGGGUGUUUGCUGUCCACCAAGCGGAAGGUCGGCGCCGACACGCAAGAAUAAGCCUUGAAGCCGGCCAGCUAUACCUCCACGCCCUGAAGGACCAUCCCCCGCCACUGGGCGCAGCAACCCUGCAGGUGAGCGAGGCUGUGCCGCCCUCCCCCCCCUGCACGGUGUUCCUGGACUUGGCCUGGCCAGGCAGUGCACCGCGGCGGGUCCGAAUCCGUCUGAGCCCCGACACCCCGCGGGGCAGACAGUUCUUACUGUUGUGCACAGGGCAGGGUGGCCCCUCCUACAUUAACACCAUGUUCAACCAGCUAAUCAAGAUUGAGCAGCUUGGAGAGUAUGUGGUGAGCGGGCGCUUCGUGAGUAACAAUGGUCACUGGACAUCCGUCCUGCUGCCUGGCCUUGAUGAGGGUGAGUACCGGGAGUCCUGCCAGGCUGGUGAUGUGUUUGGGGUGGUGUGGAGAGACGUUACAGGGGAUGAGUGUGGUUACUUUGGCAUCUGCACCAGAGGGAAUCGGACUUCUUUGGAGAUGCCUCGUGUCUUCGGUGAGGUGGUGGACGGACUGCACGUGGUGGUUGAGGCAGCGCAACACAGGGACAUUGACGAGGUGACUGUAACAGACUGUGGUUUGGUGUUGUGAUGGUAAUGGCCACCAGAGCAAGAUUAUGGAGGUGACUGUGGUGGACUGUAGCAUAAUGUUGUGAGAGUAAGCCCAGCACCACCACCACCACAGCAAGAUUAUGGAGGAGACUGUGGUAUUUUUCUUAAUAUGCUUUAUUUCUUGUAAUAUCCAAGGAAACAUUUUGUGCAUUACAUAAACACUUGAUGUAAUGUUUUAAUUUUUUGCUGCAUUCUUGUAACAUCCAGGAUUAUACAGUCAAACCUCAGUUUACAAGUGUCUUAGUUUACGACUGUUUUGAUUUAUGAGCAAGAAAAUCCCAGAAAAAAUGCCUUGAUUUACGAGCGGUGACUUGGUAUACGAGCAUCCUAUUUGUUCCUCUUUUUUGUUGCUACCCCUCGGGUGGGGACACGGGAUAUAUGGAGGCCGUCAGGGUCGAGCGUGUAUGUCCCUUGGAUUAGGGACCGCAAACCCUUGCCGGGUGACGGCUCAUGAAGGGGAGGGGAGGAUACUGACUGACCGACUCUACCGGCUUAUGUCAGCCUCCCCGAUCAAGUCGGUCUUUUGACGAGGACUGGCGUGUCUCUUUGUACAAGUUGAAGAUGUUAGCGUGGGUUCCCUUUGUUUGCUACAAGACAAGAGUGCUCGGAGCAGAAAACAAUGGGAGUAGAACCUUAGUUAGGGCUUCCACCUUGAUCUAAAACAAAGAAGGAACGCAACAUCCCAUCCUCCAAUACAGAACGAAUCCAUAUUUUUAGGAACUGUUGGCAACCCUAAAAUAUCUCUGGCCUGCCAUGACUGACAGCCGCUGCCCGCUGCUAAUGAAUGGAAGAGGAUGGGGAGAGAGACGUUACGACGCAUAUUUUACACGUAUUUCAGGACAACCCUUGACCAACAUAAUUUCAUGGAUUGGUUUUGUGGUUCACCGAAAAAUGCGCUUAUAACAGUUUUAAAAUACUGAAUUUUAUCUGCUUAACCAUUCAAACAGCACUCUAUCUUGUCCAUAUGAUUGGAUGAACCAACAAUAUAUCUCGCUUUGUCACUCAUCAAGGACAAGACGCAUUAAUUUAGUCACAGUUAUGGGAUCUACAGUUCAUUAGGAGUAUUUCAGUAGAUACUUAGCGCCUUUGUAUGCAACGGAGUUUCUUAAAACGUCCUUUUGCUCGACAAAAUAUUGACAAAUGGCAUCGUUUCAAUUCCUUGUUUCUAACGAUGACGAUGAUGUUUUCAUACCGGGAAGUUCUUACUUAUCAUAGUGAUGCAAAAUGGCCUGUGGUGCAGCAGUAACACAACACUGACAACAGUAACUUCGUGAACUCUAUGUCCACCCACACCUGGCAGGGUUACCCACAGGAAGCUCAGGAAAUGGUCAUUGCCAUAGGCCUACGGAGGUGCGGCCAGCAAGACAGUGGCCGUACCCAUGUGCACCCCCCGCUUCGGCUUGCGCAGGACCCCCGAUUCUUGCCAAAAAUUGGAGAGAAUUCCUUAUAAUCUGGCAUACCAGAACAAGAAAUGCAAGAAUUUCGCAAGAUUUGGGGUUAAUUCUUGCUCUGUCUAGGGUAAUUCUUGACCACCAGAUGAUGGCUCUAGUCUCAGUCCGAAUUGUAAACUUGUAGAAAUGGCAUCUGUGCGCUCGUGUCAUGUUUCCAUCACUACAGUGUGUUUUCAGCACUACAGUGUGAGUUCUUUGUGCUUUAACAAUGUCCCCCAGAAAGAUGGUUAAAAGGGAUGGUGCUGCAAAGAAGAAAACAGGAAAGGUGAAUUCUAUGUUCGCAACAGGAAUGGGGGGCGAGCCUGGGCAUAUUGUAUGUAAUGUAUGCCUUCCUGGGCGUGAUUGACUCCCGUUCACCCUCCAUCUCGGAUGAUAUGUUGGGUUAGCUUCACGUUGGUGGUCGAAUGUAGUUCCGGUGCCUCGAGAAAAGGGAAACUGCGGCUGCUAAACACCGGGGCGAAGCCUACCCCUCGAGUGUAGCUAGUGAUUACGGAAGUCUCCAUAAGAACCAUAACUCAUUGAUUUAUGUUUCACAUUAUUUAUCAUCGCUAUUUGUUAGCAAAAUUACUUUAAUUCUAUUAAAAAUAACAUGUACAUUGAUUUUUAUAUAAAUAUUUUUGAGGUAUGGGACACAUUAAUGGGAUUUACAUUAAUUUCAAUGGGGAAACUCAUUUUAGUUUACGAGCGUUUUGGUGUGCGAGCAAUAUUCCGGAACGAAUUAAACUCGUAAACCGAGGUUUGACUAUUUUGCAUUAUGUUACGUGCAUUGCUCCCCAGGCAGGGAAAAUUUGAUCGAAAAUCGGGGAUUGGGGUUAUUUGAGUUCUGUGUACCAUCAUUUUGGGCAAUCAUCUGGCAUCACUUUCACGAAGUUUUAAAGCAAUCACUCCAUUCUAAGUAAUUUUCCUGAAUAUUUUACCAAAGUGGGCGUGGCGCACGUGAUAUUUAAAUCCCACGCACUGUGCUGGCAUUUUCCGCGUUUUCAUAGGUUUAGAAAUUUAUUUUUUGCAUUUUUUUGUUAUUGAGGCUAGUGAUGAAUAUGAUGAAUAUUGGCCAUUACCACCUACUAAGGCUGAGUCGGUCGGUCCUUCCUACUCCCCGGCAGUGGCACAUCUGCCUUCACAGAGAGCAGGUCUGUCAGAUGUCACUCGGGUUCCCCCCCCAAGAACUCGUUGCUCUCUGACCCUCACAAGUUCCCUGAAGGAUGGGGAUGCCUAGCAAAGGACUUAGAAAGAAAAGAGAACACCUUGAGAAAGCGAGAGUCACGCGGCACCCCGGAGCCUUCACCUGUCAACACCUCAGAAGAAGAAAUGAGGAACGAUAUUAUGUCAUCCUUUGAACACUGUUCAUCUACUGACGACAACCCAAAACACCACCUUUGUCCCAAAUCAACAGAUUCGUGGUGUUUUUAUCAAAAGGCUCUCGCAUUAGGGCAGGAACCAUCCAGCCACAGCACUAUGAAAAUUUCUUUUACCCUAGACGAUAAUCAGCUCCAACUUGUUCGUCAAGUAUAUGAGCGGCUGACAACGAACACAAUGAUGCAGAGAUGCCUCAAGGGAUUUACUCAAAACCCAAAUGAAUCUUUCCAUGGUAGAGUAUGGUUCUAUUGCCCCAAACACAUCUCUGCUUCCAAGAACAAGUUGGAUUUUGCUGCUGCGCGACGAGUGAAUAAAAUGCUGGGUAUGUGGAUGCCAACACUUAUCCACGUAUGGGGGUUCCACUCACUUCCACAGUGAGGAAGUAUUUAGAAAUGAAGGAUGCUGCAAUGGACAUCCCUCUAAAGAAAAAGAUGAGAGAUAAGCCCCUCCAGAGGGACCUCGACUACGUGCCAGGGGGCCACCGACCUGUCAGCCUUCAGCGAAAAUUGCCGUUUUCUCGUUUGGUAAGUUAUCAACAUUCAAGUAAAGAUUUCUCUCUUAUUUUUUGACAGAUUUUCAUGAUUCAUGCAGCAAAUUGUUUGUAAAUAAAAACACUACGUACGUGACAGAGUACAUUUUGCAUUUUCAUCAAGAUUAUUAUGUCAGCAAUUAUUUAAUAUACAGUAAAUGAGAUUUGGGGGGGAUAGUAGGAAAAAGUACAUAUAACAAUAAUAUGGAUAAUGAUAAGAAAAAAGUGAGUAAUCAGCCUUUUACUUUAACCAUUUGAGAAUUAAAGUAAACUUUUUGGGACUGAAUCUGAUCAUUGGUGUUUGCGUCAUCUUCAAUAAAAAAUAAAUAAAUAAAUAAAUAAAUAAAAAAAAAAAAAUCCUUGUCGCAGAUGUCAACUUCACCCCCAGACAACACCAUUCAGCAAGAAAAACACCUUCUAAAUAAAUCUGAAUUCACA